GUCAAGCUUGAAAACACAUUUUUGGAUCGAUUAAAAUAUGUAUAAUAAGUCCCGUUGUUUUACAUAAACUGUUACACAAAAUCAAAGUUAAGUUAUCUUACUUGUCUUUAUCUAUCACACAGUCACGUGAUACGUCUUGGCAGGCACAGCAGACAUAAUUCCAAGAUGGCGGUCUGUAUUGCUGUCAUCGCUAAAGAGAAUUAUCCUCUGUACAUCCGAAGUGUACCCAUACAGAAUGAAUUGAAGUUCCACUACACGGUGCAUACCUCUCUGGAUGUGGUGGAGGAGAAGAUUUCAGCAGUCGGCAAAGCAAUGGCAGACCAGAGAGAGCUUUACCUUGGGUUGCUGUACCCAACUGAGGACUACAAAGUGUAUCCUUCUCAUAUGAUAAUUGUAUAUUACACUCCUGUCUGCAUGUUUUUUCUCCUAAUUGAAAAUAUUCUCCUUUACCGACAUACCAGAUAUGGCUGUGUGACAAACUCCAAGGUGAAGUUUGUCAUUGUUGCGGACUCGUCAAACACAUCUCUGCGGGACAAUGAGAUUAGAAGUAUGUUCAGAAAGCUACACAACUCAUUUACUGAUGUGAUGUGCAACCCAUUCUACAAUCCUGGGGACACCAUUCAGUCCAAGGCAUUUGACAGUAUGGUGUCUGCAAUGAUGGUGCAAGCUAGCUGAUAUUGUCCUCCUGAACAUCUGUACAUAAUUUCCUGAAACCUUUUUGUGUUGCCUCAUAAUAAACUGUCCAUUAGAACCUCUCAUUUACACCAUUUCAAAGAA